UUAGAAAUUUGACAUCUCAAGCUAAAAGGAUCCCCGAUUGUUUUGAUUUUUCUUUCGUUGCAUAAAUUUUGUAGUUGCUGAUUUGCGUAAGCAUACGGGUUACCUUUUUUAAUUCGAAUCCAUUUCAAGUAGUUAUAGCGUAUAAUCGAUACGAUGUUGCUGCUGACCCGUUGUUCCACACUUUUGAACAUUCUUCGGACGUUCCCCCAGCGGAAUUUUCACCAGAACACAGUUUUUCUAAAAUCAGAGGAUCGCAAAUCCAUGCUGGCAUCGUUGCCCGGCAAAGAUGAAGGAACCGUUGGUGAGCGAUCGAUCGAUAUCGAUUCGCUGAUGAAGAAAAAAGUUCAGCUCUUUCCGGAUGCCAACACACCAACAACACUUUUCAACGGUGUGCCGUUCAAUGAGAUUCCCAUCUGCAAUAUUCGUGUUACACCGAACAAUACCGUGAUAACCAUAUGCGAUGCCAAGGGAACUCCUCAAUUUAUCCGUUCCUGCGGCAUUGAAGGUUUCAAAAAUACCAGAAAGGGUACAAAUAUAGCGGCACAGGCUACCGCCAUCAGUAUAUGCUCGAAAGCGAUAGAACGAGGGUACAAAACUGUGCGUGUGACAAUUCGUGGACUUGGGCCCGGUAGAAUGUCGGCCAUCAAAGGUUUGGAAAUGGCAGGAAUGAAUAUCAUUUCAAUUACGGAUACCACCCAUGUGUCCUGGAACCCGCCACGGCCAAGGAAACAGCGGAAACUGUAAGACGGCGCAAUUAUCGGUGGCGUCUAUUAUCAUUGUUUGUUUUAUUAAAACUUUGAAGAUAAAAGUUUAGAUUGGACGAUAA